AUGAAGUUCUCUGCUGUUGCUAUCGUCGCAGCCGCGGUUGCUGGCGUCGGUGCCGUGCCCAUUGAAUCUGGCCCCAUCGCAAGCCUCCAAGCCCGCGCCUCUGACGCAAUCGGCGGCGUCGUGGGCUUCAUCAAGCGUGAAGAGGCCGGGAAACCCGUCGUACGGCAAAUCAAGCGCUCGCCCAUCCGCUUCCACUCCGGUCUCGCGCACGAGGAAGCCAUGGCUGCUGUCGCCAGACGCGCUCCCUCAUCUCCCCUGAAGCCGUUUGGUAUCGAUACGAGGAAGCGUGAGGUGCUGAUCGAGGCGCGGUUUUCGAAAACGAGUACAGGCGAGAAGAGGGGGGGCGACCUGACGUCGAGGCAGAAGGCCCAGGAGAGCGUGCCCCCUUUGGCGCCGUUUUCUGCCGGGGAGAAGUAA